AUGCUUUUCCUGUUCUUGCUUUUCGUGCAAUGGAUACAAGCACAAUUGAUUGCAAAUUCGACGAGCGAUUUUUUCGUCUUGAAUACGACUUCCCUCCCGUCGACCACAAUCCCCACGACCGGCACCACUCAGUCAAUCGUCCAAAAAACGACGUUCACCGUUGGAAUGAUUGUAACCGAAGUCCAACAACAGCAAAUCGGUUACUCGAUAACGGGCGGAGUGAUCGCUGUAGCUCUUGGGGAAAUCGCUCGCAUCCAUUUGUUGGAUACAAUCGAGUUUGAAUUCAUUGUCAAUUACACCGAUUGCACGGAGGCAAAUGCGGCAGGGGUUGCCGUCUACUUGAUGAAGGAGAGAAAUGUCGAUGUAGUGCUUGGACCAGCUUGUGGAGCGGCGAUCAUCCCCGUCGGCUUCUUGAGCACCUACUAUGAGACUCUGCAGGUGGCUUGGGGUUUUGCCUCGGCAGCAACAUUGUCUGAUACGACUCGUUUCCCAUAUUUGUCUACAGUUGUCCCAAAUUAUAAACAACUUGGCUAUGCUUUUAAUUCACUUCUGCAAAUGUUCAAUUGGGAUACGAUGGCGUUGUUCUAUGGUGACGAUGGCUACGGAGCUUGUAUCGAUAUGAUGAGCGAUGUGGCGGAUGCACUAACGGAUCCAAUUUUCAACUCGACAUCAAUCGCUAGUACACAAAAGGUGGAUCUCACCAGUGGCACGCGGCAGCCAAUGAUUACCGCCUUACAAAAGCUACGAGCACGAGCAAGAAUUAUUGGAGUACUCGACAAUGUUCGAGACGCUCCAUUGUACUGCAAUACGACCGAUUGCUUGCAAAACGAUUCGAAGUACACGGGCGGGAUUGGUUCUUUUGCUCAACAACUCUACGAUGCUUUCAUGUAUUACGCGUAUUGUCUAAACGCAUCGAUGGCUCUCGAUCCGAUCAAUGGCGCACGGAAUCAAACGGUUUUCCAGGCUGUUCGGAAUACUGUAGCCUUUUCAGGUUGGUCUGGAGCGAUUGCAAUGACGCCGAAUGCAACGAGGGUGCCCAGAUUUUUCCUUUAUGGAGUCACAAUUACAGGUUUAACCACUCGUUUCGUCAAUUUCACUUGGGCUGGUCAAGGGGAUUAUAUGAUCUCUACACCAACCUUCACUGACGAAGCCUCAUCGAUUUGGGCAGCACGCGGCGGUGCCCGACCAUUAUCCACCCCAAUUUGCGGAUUUCUGGGCACUGAUUGCCCGCUAACAACCUGGGAACAAAAUGGGAUUUAUAUUUGUGUUGGUGGAGGAGUCCUCAUUCUACUCGUUCUUCUCUUCUCUGUGCUUUUAGUCUACAUUACUCGUGAAAAGCGAAAAGAACGAGAGCGACUUGACGCCGAGUGGCAAAUCCCGUAUGUCAUUCUGGACCGAGCCGGUGAACCUGUUUCUGCUUACAAGUACAAGACGAUACCGAAAUUGGUGAAUGAGGAUUUUGCUGAGUUCAGAAUGCUCCGAAAGCUGGAAAACGAUAACGUGCACCGGUUCAUCGGUGUCUGUCACGAUCACGCACCAAUGAUGUCAAUUUGGAAAUUUGCGAGCAGAGGGACAUUGGAUGAAGUCGUUGCAAAAGGAUUUCAUGGGAAUUUAUGUUCUCAAACUUGUUGGAUCGAUGAGAGGAAGGGUGUUUUUGAUUUGGAGAAUCGAAAUGAAAAGAUUGAAGAAUUGCUCUACAUGAUCAAGAGAGGCUCGUCGAUUCCAAUGAGACCAAAUCUGAAUGUACCCGAGGAAAUGGAAUUGAACCCGGCUGUGCUUCAUAUGAUCCGCGAUUGUUGGUCGGAUUCACCAGAUGCUCGCCCAACAAUCUCCACCAUUAAAACAAUCAUCAAAUCGAUGGCUCAAUCCGAUGGAGGACAGCAAAAUCUGAUGGAUCAUGUCUUUAAUUUGAUGGAAUCUUAUGCAGAGACAUUGGAAAAAGAGGUACAAGAUCGAAUGACAGAAUUGGUGGAAGAGAAAAAGAAGAGUGAUCUGUUGCUGUAUCGGAUGUUGCCAAAGCAAGUAGCUGAUCGGUUAAAGCUUGGCCAAUCAGUAGAGCCUGAAUCCUUUGACAGUGUCACGAUUUUCUUCUCCGACGUCGUUCAAUUCACGAACUUGGCUGCAAAAUGCUCUCCGUUACAGAUCGUGAACCUCCUCAACGAUCUCUACACGAUAUUCGAUCAAAUCAUCGAGCAACACUCCAUCUACAAAGUGGAAACGAUUGGUGAUGGAUAUCUUUGCGUUUCUGGUCUUCCCUAUCGAAAUGGAAUCCAACACGUGAAAGAGAUCGCUGAAAUGUCACUGGAUUUCUUGAGAGCUGUACAGAUCUUUCGGAUUCCGCAUCUUCCAUCGGAAAAGAUAAACCUUCGAAUUGGAAUGCAUUCUGGCUCUUGUGUAUCUGGAGUUGUCGGAUUGGCGAUGCCAAGAUAUUGUCUUUUUGGUGACACUGUGAACACUGCAUCAAGAAUGGAAAGCAAUGGAAAACCUGGCCGAAUUCACAUGUCUUUUGAUGCUGUGGAUCUCUUGAAUAGAAUUGGUGGCUAUGAAGUCGAACCGAGAGGAGAAGUGAUCAUCAAGGGAAAGGGCGUGAUGGAGACAUUCUGGCUGAACGGGAGAAGCGAGAUUGGUGGAAUGACGAGUAUCGUUUCAAGGGCUGUCCCUCCACCCCCACCGGCGUUGAGUGAUGAUCGAGUGUUUCAUAAUCAACACACGGCCACUCGUGAAUCGACGCCAACAAUGCAAAAUGAAACGAGGCUCCCGUCAGCUGGAUCGCCCGGUCCAGCAUUACCAAAUUAUGAUGAAGCCAAGGGAAUGUACAGACAACAAAUCAAUUGGCAA